CCGUUGCUGCUAGAGUCGGACUCCAGGAGUGGGACUGCGAGGCUGCGGGACUGCGGAGCUUCGGGUCCCGAGUCCCGGAGCGGCACUAGGCGGCCCGGGCCGGGUGCGGGGACUCUGGCGCCGGCGCCACACGGCAGCAUGAGGCGGAGAUUAAUGUGACAGAGUUGGGUGGACCAGUAGCCAUCACCCUGCCCCCUUUGUGGGGAGGUGCUGAGAGUGGAUAAGCAUGGAAGAAAGGAAGCAUGAGACAAUGAACCAAGCUCAUGUUCUCUUUGACCGGUUUGUCCAAGCCACCACCUGCAAGGGAACUCUCAAGGCCUUCCAAGAGCUCUGUGACCACCUGGAACUGAAGCCCAAGGACUAUCGCUCCUUCUAUCAUAGGCUCAAGUCCAAGCUUAACUACUGGAAAGCCAAAGCCCUCUGGGCAAAGCUGGACAAACGGGGCAGUCACAAGGACUACAAAAAGGGAAAGGCGUGUACUAACACCAAGUGUCUCAUCAUUGGAGCUGGCCCCUGUGGUCUACGGACAGCCAUUGACUUAUCUUUAUUGGGAGCCAAGGUGGUCGUUAUUGAGAAACGGGAUGCGUUCUCCCGCAACAAUGUCUUGCAUCUCUGGCCAUUCACCAUACAUGAUCUGCGAGGUCUGGGUGCCAAGAAGUUUUAUGGCAAAUUCUGUGCUGGAGCCAUCGACCAUAUCAGUAUCCGUCAGCUCCAACUAAUACUCUUGAAAGUAGCCUUGAUCCUAGGCAUUGAAAUACAUGUCAAUGUGGAAUUCCAAGGACUUGUACAACCUCCCGAGGAUCAAGAGAAUGAACGGAUAGGUUGGAGGGCACUGGUACACCCCAAAACUCAUCCUGUAUCAGAGUACGAAUUUGAAGUGAUCAUCGGUGGGGAUGGCCGCAGGAACACCUUGGAAGGAUUUCGUCGGAAAGAGUUUCGUGGCAAACUGGCCAUUGCCAUUACUGCAAAUUUUAUUAACCGAAAUACAACAGCAGAAGCCAAAGUGGAAGAGAUCAGUGGUGUGGCUUUUAUAUUCAACCAGAAGUUUUUCCAGGAACUGAGAGAAGCUACAGGUAUUGAUUUGGAGAACAUCGUCUACUACAAGGAUGACACGCACUAUUUCGUAAUGACAGCCAAAAAACAGAGUUUACUGGACAAAGGCGUGAUCUUGCAUGACUACGCUGACACAGAGCUCUUGCUUUCCCGGGAGAACGUGGACCAAGAGGCUCUGUUGAACUACGCCAGGGAGGCAGCGGACUUCUCCACACAGCAGCAGCUGCCCUCUUUGGAUUUCGCCAUCAAUCACUAUGGGCAGCCUGACGUGGCCAUGUUUGACUUCACUUGCAUGUAUGCCUCCGAGAACGCUGCCUUGGUGCGGGAGCACAACGGACACCAGCUUCUAGUGGCUCUGGUUGGGGAUAGCCUCCUGGAGCCUUUCUGGCCAAUGGGAACAGGAAUAGCCCGGGGCUUUCUAGCUGCUAUGGACUCUGCCUGGAUGGUACGAAGUUGGUCUCUAGGAACAAGUCCCUUGGAAGUCCUGGCAGAGAGGGAAAGCAUCUAUAGAUUACUGCCACAGACCACCCCUGAGAAUGUGAGCAAAAACUUCAGCAAAUAUAGUAUCGACCCUGUUACUAGGUAUCCUAAUAUUAAUGUCAACUUCCUCCGACCAAACCAGGUACGCCAUUUAUAUGACACUGGAGAAAUGAAAGAUAUUCAUCUGGAAAUGGAGAACUUGGUGAAUUCCCGAACCACUCCAAAGUUGACUCGCAAUGAAUCUGUAGCUCGUUCGAGCAAACUCUUGGGUUGGUGCCAAAGGCAGACAGAUGGCUACGCCGGAGUGAAUGUGACAGAUCUCACCAUGUCAUGGAAAAGUGGCUUGGCCCUGUGUGCCAUUAUCCAUAGGUAUCGUCCCGACCUGAUAGAUUUUGAUUCUUUGGAUGAGCAGAAUGUGGAGAAGAAUAACCAGCUGGCCUUCGAUAUUGCUGAGAAAGAACUGGGCAUCUCUCCCAUCAUGACAGGCAAAGAGAUGGCCUCCGUGGGGGAACCUGACAAGCUGUCCAUGGUGAUGUACCUGACUCAGUUCUAUGAGAUGUUUCAGGACUCGCUCCCUGCCAGUGACACUUUGGACCUGAAUGCUGAGGAGAAAGCAGUCCUGAUAGCCAGCACCAAAUCCCCCAUCUCCUUCCUGAGCAAACUGGGGCAGACCAUCUCCCGGAAGCGUUCUCCCAAGGAUAAAAAGGAAAAGGACUUGGAUGGUGCUGGAAAGAGGAGAAAGACUAGUCAAUCAGAGGAGGAGGAAGCACCCCAUGGCUACAGAGGAGAAAGACCAACACUGGUGAGCACUCUGACAGACAGGAGGAUGGAUAUUGCCAUUGGGAACCAGAACAAAGUGAAGUACAUGGCAACUCAGCUGCUGGCCAAAUUUGAAGAGAAUGCACCCCCACAGUCCACGGGCAUAAAGAGACAGCCGACACAAGAGCGUGGGGUCAGCCAUCCGUCCUGCUGCCUGCCUGAGCAGGGCCGCCCUGCUCCCAUCCCCCAGUGGAAACAGGGCUCCAUGAAGAAGGAGUUCCCACAGAACUUGGGAGGCAGUGACACGUGCUAUUUCUGCCAGAAGCGAGUCUAUGUGAUGGAGAGGCUGAGUGCUGAAGGCAAGUUCUUCCACCGGAGCUGCUUCAAAUGCGAGUACUGCGCCACCACCUUGCGCCUCUCUGCCUAUGCCUAUGACAUCGAAGACGGUAAAUUCUACUGUAAACCACACUACUGUUACCGACUGUCUGGCUACGCCCAGAGGAAGAGACCGGCGGUGGCUCCUCUGUCUGCAAAGGAGGCCAAAGGACCCCUGCAGGAUGGCCCCACUGCAGACGCAAAUGGACGGGCCAGCACCACCGCCAGCUUGGCUGAGAGAACCCCAGGUUCAAAUGUGAAUGGCCUGGAGGAGCCCAGCAUUGCCAAGCGGCUGAGGGGCACUCCUGAGCGGAUUGAGCUGGAGAACUACCGCCUGUCCGUGAGGCAGGCGGAGGAGUUGGAGGAGGUGCCCGAGGAGACGCAGGCUGAGCACAACCUGAGCAGCGUGCUGGACAAGGGCACUGAAGAGGAUGUGGCCAGCAGCAGUUCUGAGUCUGAGAUGGAGGAGGAAGAAGAGGAGGAGGAAGAGCCUGGGCUGCCCCCCUCGGACCUGGGCGGUGUCCCCUGGAAGGAGGCUGUGAGGAUCCAUGCUCUUCUGAAAGGAAAGAGUGAAGAGGAGCUUGAGGCCUCAAAGAGCUUUGAGCCUGGCAAUGAAGAAGAGGAGGACGAGGAGGAGGAAUAUGAAGAAGAGGAGGAGGAAGAAUAUGAUGAGGAAGAGGAAGAGUCCAGUGAAGUGCCUGACCUUCCCUCCAUACGCCGCGCAGCCGUGCAGGCCUGGCUGGAGACAGUGUCCGGAGUCCCACUGGAUGAGAAUGACCUGGAGGAAGAUGCGGACUCGGAGCCAGCAGAGAUAGAAGGGGAGGCUGCAGAGGAUGGGGACCCAGGGGACACUGGUGCUGAGCUGGAUGAUGAUCAGCACUGGUCUGACGACAUCCCAUCAGAUGCCGAGACGGAGCUUCGCUUGCAGCGCCAGGCCGAGAUAGAAGCAGAGCUGGAACUGAGGGUAUCAGAAAAUGAGGAGGAGCCUGUACCCUCCUUGACAAAGCCACAAGAGAAAGGUCCCUCCCAAGUCUCCAGCCCCAUCCGGUCCCCUCAGGAACAAGUUAUUCUGUUCACCCCUGUCCACAGCCCUGUGGCAGAGGGGUCUCAAGUCCCACCUGCCUCUACCGCCACCACAGUGCAAUCCCCCUGCGAGCGCCUUUUCCCUGAGCCUUCCCUCCCCAGAGAGAAGCCCAAAACUGAAUCCCCUACCAACCAGCCAAUUGUGCUCUCGCCCGUCCGAUCGCAGCCAGUGGCUCUGCCAGAAGCCAGGACACCUACCUCACGAGCUGGUGCUCAGCCCGUGUCACCCUUGGUUCCCCCCACACCCCCAUCCACCCAGCUCCCCAUUUGCUCCCAACCUCAGCCAUCCUCCGAAGCCACCAUCCCAUCUCCCACCCAGUCUCCCAUCCGCUUCCAGCCCGUUCCUGCCAAAACCUCCACCCCUCUGCCCACCCUCCCCACGAAGAGCCCAGGUGACACCAAGGACAAGCUGGGUAGCCCUCUGACCGUGGACGAGGCCCUGAAACGGAAUGACCUGGUGGAAGAGUUUUGGAUGAAGAGCGCUGAGAUCCGCCGCAGCCUCGGACUCACGCCUGUGGAUCGGAGCAAGGGACCUGAGCCCAGCUUUCCCUCACCUGCCUUUAAACCGGUGUCUCUGAAAGCCUAUUCUGUUGAGAAGUCCUCUCAGGAUGAGGGGCUUCAUCUUCUGAAACCUCCACCUGUUCCUAAGAGGCUAGGCCUGCCCAAGUCAGAUGGUGAGCAGCCCUCCCUGCUGACUCCCAAGUCACCAUCUGACCGAGAGUUGAGGAGCUGCCACGAGGAGCGCAGGGACCUGUCCAGCAGUUCGGGCCUGGGCCUCCAGGGCAGCUCCUCCAACAUGAAGACCUUGGGCAGCCAGAGCUUCAACACCUCUGACUCCACCAUGCUCACUCCACCCUCAAGCCCACCCCCGCCCCCACCCCCUGACGAGGAACCUGCCACUCUUCAGCUUCAGCGGAAGCCCUACCAGCAUAAGGAGGCAGGGCCCAAGGCCUCGGUCAUCCCACCACCUCCACCUGCCACAUUCAUGCGGCCCCCCCGAGAGCCCGCCCAGGCCCCCAGAGAAGAGGUGCGCAAGUCCUUUGCGGAGAGCGUGGACGAGAUCCCCUUUGCUGAUGAUGUGGAGGACACAUAUGAUGACAAGACGGAGGAGUCGAGUCUGCAGGAGAAGUUCUUCACCCCCCCGUCCUGCUGGACCCACUCUGAGAAGACCCCCCAGCACCCUGGGGCCAGGGAGAAUGGUCGGCUGCCUGCUCUGGAGGGUGGGGCCCUGCCUCAGAAGAGGGGCCUGCCCUUGGUCUCGCCGGAAGCCAAGGAGCUGGCUGAGGAGCGCAUGAGAGCCAGGGAGAGGUCUGUGAAGAGCCAGGCACUGAGGGAUGCCAUGGCCAAGCAGCUGAGCAGGAUGCAGGAGAUGGAGACAGCUGUUGGGGCCUCCCGGUCCCGCAAAGCCCCCUCCACACCGUUCCAGGGCAAAGAACUCAUGUCCAAGUCCCCCAAACGCCCAGCCCUCAGAGGCUCUGAGGAGCCAACCCUGAAGCACGAGGCCACCAGCGAGGAGGUCCUCUCCCCACCGUCAGACUCAGGGGGCCCUGAUGGCUCUGUCACCUCCUCUGAAGGCUCCAGUGGGAAGAGCAAAAAGAGGUCAUCCCUCUUCUCACCCCGCAGAAACAAGAAAGAGAAGAAGUCCAAAGGUGAGGGCCAGCCGCCAGAGAAACCUGGCCCCAGCCUGCUGGAGGAGGCGGCUGCCAAGCCCAAGUCUCUGUGGAAGUCUGUGUUCUCUGGGUAUAAGAAGGACAAGAAGAAGAAGAGUGAUGAUAAGUCCUGCUCCAGCACCCCUUCCAGUGGCGCCACCGGGGAGUCUGGGAAGCACAGGAUGUCUCCCAUCGUGAGAGCAGAGCUACAGCUCCGGCGCCAGCUGAGUUUCUCAGAGGACUCUGAUCUCUCCAGCGACGACAUCCUUGAGAAGUCCUCCCAGAAGUCCAAGCGAGAGUCGAUUUAUGUGCCACACGCCUUGGCGUUCAAGAGAUCAUUUUCAGCAAAGCCCAGAACCUACACAGAGGAAGAACUGAAUGCCAAGCUGACCCGGCGUGUGCAAAAGGCAGCCCGCAGACAGGCCAAGCAAGAAGAACUUAAGCGACUGCACCGAGCCCAGAUUAUCCAGCGGCAGCUGGAGCAGGUGGAGGAGAAGCAGAGGCAGCUGGAGGAACGAGGGGUUGCCGUGGAGAAGGCGUUGCGGGGUGAAGCAGGCAUGGGCAAGAAGGAUGACCCCAAGCUGAUGCAAGAGUGGUUCAAGUUGGUGCAAGAGAAAAACGCCAUGGUGCGCUACGAGUCGGAGCUGAUGAUUUUUGCCCGGGAGCUGGAGCUGGAAGACCGACAGAGCCGCCUGCAGCAAGAGCUCCGGGAGCGAAUGGCUGUGGAAGAUCACCUGAAGACUGAGGAGGAGUUGGCAGAGGAGAAGAAGAUCUUGAAUGAGAUGCUGGAUGUGGUGGAACAGAGAGACUCUCUGGUGGCCCUGUUGGAGGAGCAGAGACUCCGGGAGAAAGAGGAAGACAAGGACCUGGAGGCUGCCAUGCUGUCAAAGGGCUUCAGCCUCAACUGGUCCUGAGCCCCGGGAGCUCGCUCCUUGGUCUGUCGGCAUCUGCCUGCCUGAGCUGCGUUCUCCCAACCUCCUGGAUCCCUGGUCUAGGAAUGCCUGGCAGCUCGUGGGAGCCUGCACUCAUGCCCACGUGCCUCCUGAAAAUGGGGUCAGGUUCCGUGUGCUGUGGGGAGACCCCAGGCAACAGGCUCCCAGGCCUCCUCGGGAGAUGCUCAGCUGGACUCCCCACUGGAGACAAGAGAGAAAGGAGCCUGUGCAUUGGAUGCAGGACUGGGGGAAGCCACGCAGGCCCUGAGAACACGCCACCGGUGCCUGCCCUUCUGCACACGGUAAGAGAAGGAUGCUGCUUCCUUGUGAAGCUGCAGCGGCCCCACCAAGUGCCCUCUACAGGGUGGAAGGGGCACUUGUCUUCUUCAUGCUCCUGGUAGCACCACCAAAGAAGUAAAUAAGAAGACCCACCAAGAUCAAAGCGAAUGGAGACCUGAGAGAGGAGCAAUGGCCAGUUAGGGCAAUGCCCACCCCAGCCCCGCAGGGGGAGCAGAGGGGCAGGCAGGCCCUGGAGUCCAUUAUGCAAGUUAGGAGGAUGCAAGAUGGGUCUGUCCCCAGCCCCCACACCACACACUGGACCCCAAGUGGCCAAAUGCCCCAGGCUUCUCUUGGCUGCAGCCUGAGGCCUGUGGAUUGCUGCAUUAUGCUUAUAGUUCACAACCAUUUCUGACACUGGAAAGUACUGACUUUGGGGGACUGAGUUCAAGCCCCCCUCUGACAGACAGGCAUUGUCCCUGUCCAGUGCUUCACGCUGGGGGCAGGAGAUCACCUUUCUCCUCAGCGUUUUUCCUGUGUUUGCACAUUGAAAUGAAGCUGAUGACUUAGCAAGACGCUCAGCCACUUUGGACCUUUUUUUUGUCAAUUAACUUAUUUUUUUUCACAUUCCAAUAAAUUUAUUCUGUAAAAACA